AUGGUGUUGCUUCCUUCGAAGACAUACGACGAUGUGCCUGAACGGCCUUUUCCUGCGUCCAAGCCACGCCCGCCGACGUGGCCACUCAUUGAGCAUGAACAUUCACCCAUCGAUCAUCUUGUGCAGCAUCCAAUCCCGAUCCCUCCCCCGACGGUCAACAUCAAGGUACAGCCACAUGGCGUCAUUCUGACAAAACAAGAGAUGAAGAAAAUGCGGCGGCAACGCCGUGCCGCUGAGCAACAAGAUAAGCGCGAUCGAAUCAAGAUGGGUCUCUUACCACCUGAUCCUCCGAAGAUCAAGCUUGCCAAUCUCAUGCGCGUGUUGGGAAAUGAGGCGAUUGCAGACCCGACGAAAGUCGAAGCUCGUGUUCGUCGGGAAGUGGCUGCGCGGCACGAGAUGCAUGAACGUGCCAAUGCUGAGCGCAUGCUGACCGAUGAAGAGCGGCGCGAUCGUCGCAUCUACAAGACCAAGGUCGAGGAAGCCAAAGGCAUUUGGUGCCAGGUGUACCGCAUUGAAAACCUCUCGAGUCCUUCACAUCGUUUCAAGGUCCGCAAAAAUGCACAGCAACACCAUUUAAGUGGACUUGUCCUAACACAUCCGGACUUCUCACUCGUCGUUGUCGAGGGUGCCGCCAAGGCACUCAAGGCGUACAAGCGACUCAUGCUUGUGCGCAUCGACUGGACCGAUCCCGGCCGACCAAGACAGAGCAGUGUGGAUGAUGACGAUGUCGAUGAUGAGAACCAAAAUGGUCCAUCACGCGCCAUCGCGUCGAAGCAGCAGGGUGAUGAGAGCAUGGAUCUGAGCAGCAAUACUUGUGAACUUGUAUUCGAAGGUCCUGUUCGCGAUCGAUCCUUCCCUGCUGGCUCUGUUCGGAUGGAAUCUUGUCCAACGGACAUGAAUGCCAAAGAUGCAUUGGGACCCAAACUGGCAGGCUACUGGGAUGUUGCUAAACGGUCGGUAGCUGCCCGUGACACCUAG